ACAUGAUUGAAGAACCCAAGCUAGAAUGCAGAUCGAGAACAUGAUCAGCAACCAUGAACCAUGACAAUGACAUGAUGUUGAUGGCUGGAGCGCAUCAUCCCGUGUUCGAUACGGAGCCAUUCCAAGCUGCCGCAGCGGAAGUGUCUCAGCUGGUGCUCUAGAAAACCCACGAUGUAACUACGAAGCAUCGAAUAAUUCCUGACAAUCUCAAUUCUUUCGAUUUCUAUACCAAUAACUCACUGAGAACCAUCAAGAAAGAUGGCAGCAAAGAAAAGAAUUCAACUCUGCUUCCUAGAAACAGCCUGCACAGGCUCGUACAUGGCAUCCGGACAAUGGCGUUCCCCAACGGACAAUGGCAAAACCAAAGACCGUCUAAAAUACUACAUGGACCUUGCAAAACUCGCCGAGCGUGGGAAAAUCAGUGCCAUAUUCCUAGCAGACUGGUAUGUGGGCUUCGACGUCUACGGUGGCGGACUGGACACAAUGCUCGCCUCGGGCCACCAAGUCGCCCAUCUCGACCCCGUGCCAAUCAUAUCCGCUAUGGCAGCCGUCACAGAUACUGUCUCGUUCGCUGCUACUGUGUCAACGAGCUAUGUGAAUCCAUACAUAUUGGCGAGACAGUUCAGCACGCUCGAUCAUCUUACAAAUGGGAGGGUAGGAUGGAACAUUGUUACGAGUUAUACGAAGGGUGCUGCGAAGGCGAUGGGCCAAGAGAAGCCAGUGGAGCAUGAUGAGAGGUAUUUGGCUGCGGAUGAGUAUAUGGAGGUAGUGUAUAAACUUUGGGAAAGUUCGUGGGCAGAUGAUUCGGUCGUCUGGGACUAUGACCUUGCAUACGACCCGAGCAAAAUCAAGAAAAUUGAACACAAAGGGAAAUACUUCUCAAUGUCCGGCCGCUCUCAACUCCAUCCCUCCCCGCAACGCACACCUGUCCUCUUCCAAGCCGGGACCAGCAAGUCCGGAAUCGGUUUCGCAAGUCGACACGCGGAAGCUAUGUUCCUGAAUCCCUGUAACGUCAAACAAGGAAAGAAGGUCAUUGCCGAAGCACGAGCUGCUGCCGCUGCAGAAGGAAGAGAUCCUGCCAGUCUGAAGUUCUUUCCUUGCAUUGUUCCGAUCAUUGGUAGGACGGAGGCGGAAGCAAAGGAGAAGCAUGAGAAAGCGUUGAAUGUUGCGGAUGUUAUUGGAGGACUGGCGCAGUUCUCGGGGUAUACAGGGAUUGAUAUGAGUGUGUUCCCCAUGGAUGAGCCGUUCACGAGCUCAACGUUGAAGGGAGGGGCGGGAAUCCAGUCGGUUCUCAAUGCAUUCGAAGCCAGCACAGAUUCUUCUUCCUCCGACGCCGCAUCCUCUGAACCAUGGACGCCCCGUCGUCUGGGCAUGCGUAUGGCGCUCGGUGGCUUGCACCCUUGCCCUGUGGGUAGCGUGAGCCAAGUUGCAGAUGUAUUCGAGGAAUGGGUCACUGAAGCGGAUUGUGAUGGGUUCAAUGUUGCCUAUGUUUCCAACCCGGGGAGUUUUGAGGAUGUGGUUGAUCUGUUGGUGCCGGAAUUGCAGAGGAGAGGUUUGAUGUGGGACGACUAUGACUUUCCUGGCGGGACUUUCAGGGAGAAUCUAUUAGGACAGAGGACGUUAAGGGAUGAUCAUUAUGGUUCGAAUUUCAAGUAUGGCAGGGAGAUGGUGAAGGUUGCGAAGAAGGGAAAAUCGGAGAUUGCAGACCUUCCUGAGGCGAAAUGUGACCCCCCAUAUACCAAUACGAGCGAUUUCCCAAUCGGGGCCCCCGAUUAGGGAAUCGGACGCUACGAUUAGGGAAUGGGAGCUUCUUUACG